UCUGGUCGCAUCUUAGAUCGCUGGCCGCAGAAGUGCUGGAUCAUGUCGCUGGAUGAAGAAACCCUCGAGGUGGUCGCCAAUGGUGGCUCGAUGGACUAUGAGAAAUGGCCCAGCAUGGUCGAACCCCUGCUUGACCGGUUGGACCAUAUCAUAUACAAUGUCUUCCCCAUGCCCCGGGUCCCUCCCGAGAUUCAACAGUCUUUGAAUACCACCGUUCCCUACGCGCAGAACCCCAACACCACUGCAUCAUCCACAACCCUCCAAACACCUCCCAGACCAACCGCCACCUCCCUGCACCAAACUCCCGCAAGCGAGCGCAUCCCUGACUCCCAACCCCAGUCAUCGCAAGGUCCUUCCCUUCCUCAACCGCUCGAAUUCCACCUAGCUUCGAUCAAAUCUACCCUACGAUCCCUCUUCGCCACAAAACCACCACACACUAUCCAACGCCUCGCAGAACUGAUUGUUCGCCCAACCGCGCACUAUCGCACUCUUCCCGCGUAUAUCCGCGCCGUCGACCGCGUCGUCUGUGUCACCAGCGGUGCGGAUAUUUUCCCCCUCCAGACGCAGACUAGCGCCGCUCCCCAGCCGAACGGCGCGGUUCUCAACGGCACAGAAUCCGGGCUCCUGUUCUCAGACCACGGGCUUGGCAGUGAUGAGUCUCUAGGCGGGGCGCUCCUUACUCCGAUUCCAUGGUUGAGUAACGCUGCCGCGUCGCCAGAGCGCGAGGAUGAAAGCGGUGCGGUCAUGGGGGAUACCAGCUUCCCUGCGCAGGCAGCAGAGGGCACUGGGCCGGAUCAAACAGGGACAGGAGUUGUUCCUUCGACUGCGGAGACGGUGGAAACAAAUGGAAACGAAGGCGUAGGCGGGUCUCCGCCGCCUGAUGCGUUGGAGGAUAUUCCCCAUGCGCGAGGCCCAUCUGUACUCGGUGUGGAGGACCUGGGUCUCCAGGACGGUAAGGGCGUGGAAAUGGAUCUUUCAAGCGCUGAAGAUGGUGCGUCUGAGCUGCACACUGCGGGCCAGCAAGGUCAGCAGCAGCAGACUGGCCUGACCCAGGGAGACAGUCAAAUGUCCGAGGAAGCGGCCAAGCUGUCUACGGAUGGAGACGGAGACAUCGCUUUAGAAGAUGCUAAAGCCGGAGGGGAGGAAACUCCGGGAUCUGAGACAGCGAAUAAAGAGCAGCAGCAGGCGUAGUGUCGGGAGUAGUAUGAUAGUCUAUUAGCGUGCCGUGCUUGUCCAGUCCGUGCGCCUUCUCAGUUCAUAGCCUCUCCCCUACAUCUCUCUAGCUUGCAUAGUGAAUUCAAGAAUGAACGAUCAGAUACGACUCGACCG